AUGACAUAUGCAAAACUGAUUCAAAAUCAGCGCCAUCAAAGUCAACCGAAAAUAUACAACCUGGACAGUCAGCAUCACAAAAUCACCAAGAACAAGAAACAUGAGGAACCCAAGUCAUCCUCCAAUGAUGUACCUACAGGGCACAAACAAGGCAGACGUGCUGUAGGCAGAGAUGUUGUGAAGACAAAGCUGUCACUCAGUUACCUAACUCAGACAGCUAAGAACAAGGAAAAGCAGCCGGCAGAUGUUAACAAUAAGGGAAAAAAAUUGAAGAAUAGACAAGGACCUGCUUCAGUUUUGCAACGUACCGCAAUGUCAACAGCAAACAAAAGUGAUGCCGAAAGUGGGAAUGAUGUUCAGAGGAAUGUUGUAGUGGUCUCCAGUGUUGAUGAAGGGCACAAGAUAUGCAAAAAGCCCUUCUAUGACAAAUACCCUGCAGAUACUGGCACCAAGAGUGACAAACUAGACCCCACUUCGGUUUUGCAACAUACCACAGUGCCAUUGUCAAACAAAAGUGAUGAUCAAACUAGGAAUGAUGCUGCAGCGGUCUCCAGACUUAAUGAAGGGCACAAGAUAUGCAAAAAGCUGCUCAUUGAUGAACGCCCUGCAGAUGUUGACAACAAGAGUGACAAACUAGACAACAGUCACAGACCUGCUUCGGUUCUGCAACAUACCACAGCGUCAACAGCAAACAAAAGUGACGAUAGUCAGAAUGAUGCUCAGAAGAAUGUUACAGUGGUCUCCAGUGAUCAUGAAGGACACAAGAUAUGCAAAAAGCCACUCACUGACAAACGUCCAGCAGAUGUUGAUAACAGGAGUAUAAAACUUAAGAAUGGGCAAAGAAGUGCUUCGGUGCUACGACAUACCACAAUACCAACAUCAAAAAAAUGUGAUGACAAAAGUGGGAAUGAUGUUCAGGAGAAUGCCGCAACAGUCCCUGAAGCUCACAAAGGCCGCAACCUACAUAAGAAGCCACCAAAGCAGUCUGAGGACAUUGACAAGAAAGAUAGUAAUACAAAAUUAACAACAGUGGUGACCAAGAGGACUAUUCAAAGGGAUUAUGCACAAAAUACUGCUAUGACAAGACAUGACAUAAAAAAACAACAAAAGGAAAUACAUGAAAAAGCAUGUGGUAUGCAAGUUGACAGCAAGAAGGAAUCGGGACAAGUCAUAGCAAGCAAAAGAUGCAAGGAAAGCACGAGCAAUGCAAGGACAGAGAUCAUGGCUGAUUCCACAGCAUGUGAAAGGCAGCAAGAGAACAAUGAAACAGCAGAAAAAGAGGAAGUGGGCAACAAUACGAAGCUAGGACUAGUGGCUGACAGGGUUCCCAUGGAAACAAAAGCUGCAAAGGAUAGUGACAUGCCAGGACAGGAGGCUAUCUCAUACCCUAGACAACAUACCAGAAAGAGUGCAGUGGCCAAUCCACCAGCACUUGAAAAGUUAAGCAAUGCUCGUAAAGAGUUGCAAGAGGACAAAACAAGCAGUGAUACCAACACCAAGAUGGUGGUGAGCGAGAAUUUUGCUGAAGGUAGCAAGGAAACUACCAAAAAUGCUACAGUUACUUCCCUGGAAAAUCAAUGCCAAAGGAAACUACGUGGAAGGACAGUGACAAGCUGUCCUACGCCCAAGAUGAAAGUCUCAUCUGCAAAGGCCACACAAGAGGCAGAAACCAUGAAGUGCUGUGAUGAUGCUGAGGCCAUUCCUAACAAAGAAACUAGCAAGCAUCCUUGUAGUCCUCCCAGAGAAGCUGUCACACGUGCAGAGUCAAGGGAUAAUGUGCUGGCUAAAGAGAGCUUCAAAACUCCAAAGUUUGUCAAAUCAGCCGAACUGCCAUGCCCACAAACACCACUCAAGCGUAGAAGUCUCAGGCAAAAAAAUCUAAGAACGCCAGUUCUCGGAAAAGGCGAAACUGGAACUGCUCUUGUAGAUGACCAACAGAAUGAUCCAGAAACUCCGUUAGGUUUUAGGGCCAAGUGCAUGAAACAAGAGGCAGAAAAGACCAAUGAGAAAAGACUUCUGAACUGGGGACAAAGUAUAUGCAAUGAACAUAACCAACAAAUUCAAGAAACGAGUAAGGCAUGGACAGAAAAUGGAAGAGAAAAUGAAAAAGGACAACGGAGUGACCAAAGAAGCAUGAAACAGCAAGAACUCACUUCGAGCUCCAACUUCUGCUCCGAUCAACCUAGCACCAAACAGCCUGUAAUAUCUACAUGCAUUCGUGACAAUGAUGUGCAGGAUAAAUGUCAACAACCUGCAGCCAACUUAUCCAGCCAAGACAAAGGCAGCAGUGUGUACCUAGCACAUCUUGCACAGUCAAUGAAAGGAGAUCCCACAAAUGAUAAGCAGCAGCAAAGCGACACUAAUGGGGACAUUGAAACGUCUCAGAUCAGAAGCUCGGAGGAUCUUCGCAGCUUGACACAGUACCCUGCCCAAAAUUUAGAAAGACAUCAGGCAGUCCAGAAUGUGUCCCUGACCACAGAUAUGCAAGAGGACAGUACAAGUGAAAUGGAACUAGAUGAGGAUGAUGAUCUACUUUGCUUGACACAAACAUUAAAUCGGAUGCAAGCCUGCAGUCUUUACUCACGAAAUGAAGCCAGAGCAGCUGUCAUUGCAACAAAUACUACAGGAGAUGCCCUUGGAAAAGAACCAAAUGCUGAAUCAUAUCUAAAAGAUGAAAAACAAGUAGCAGAAAGAUCAAAUCUGGAGAUUACUGAAAAUGGAGAACAGAUGAAGAAACACAAGACGACAAAGGAAGUAAGAAACACAGGAGACAUAAUAAACAAUCCAAACGUAGGUAUACACCUUGAAGCCAGCGAUGACGAAGAUGACUCCUCCAUUUUGUUCAACAUUGAUGACGACGAUGAAGCAGCUGCAUGUGAUAGAUCGCACAGCUUUUUCCAAAUGAAGCUCACUCCAACUCCACUUAACUUUCUAAAAAGCUCCGGGGAUAGGAAUGAUUCAGAUUCUGAAGAAGAACUGUUCCCCUGGCUCGCAGACAAGGUGGAGCCCGAAACAAACAAGAGAAAAGGAAAACCAUUGUCUCAGAACGCCCCUCACGAAAGUGGCAUGAACAGACCCGAUUUUAAACGGUUGCGUUUUCAGCAGGAGGAUUCUGGGAGACAGCGCAGCAAUGCCAAGCAGUUCAGACCAGCCAAAAGAGUGACAAUAGUCGAUGCAGCUGCACAGCAAACUCGUGAGACAUAUGGGAAACGACAGCACACUUUUCCCAUCCCCUGCUACAAACGAGUGCACGAUGGCUCUGACAACUCAUCGGUCUGUGCUGGCCUCCCCCCACUCCAGUCUCGUCGAGAAGUUGAGUUCUUUGAGUCUGACAAUGAUGAAGACUUGGGUCAUGAUGCCGAAGACGACUACGAAGUUUAA